AUGAGCUCGUCACUCAAUACGGAUGUUUGGCUUUCUCGAGUUAAUGGCUACGUGAAUUGGACAGCGACCGUGUUGAUUGCCUAUGAUUACGUAUUGAAUCUUGGUCAAGAGAUCGACCUUGUCUGGUACCACAAAUCCUCGAAAAGGUUCAAAUUUAUAUAUGGGAUACUGCGCUACGGCGGUUUCGUGUUCUUUGUCUUGUGA